CUCCGUCACUCAGCAAAAGUAGCUCGAACUGCCAGUACAUCAUUCCACCUUCCACUCCGUUCCGUUGCUCUCCACCUUGACCGACAGCUACUUACACACAACUCUUCCUCCAUCACACCUUUUCUCUCACAGCUUCUCACCUAUCUGCUCAUUCCUGCACCUUUCCACAAGUACUCGAGUUACAGUACCACCUCCCACCACAUCCAAAACAGCUGUAUCACUUCCCCCAGGUCUCAAUCAAGCCGUCAAGAUGGUGUCUAGAACAAUCAACCUCAUUCUUCGGGCGGUCGAGUUCGUCUUCAUAGUCAUCAUCAUGGGCCUCAUCGGCAACGUCAUUGCCAUGGCCUUCGCCGGCAACCCCUCAUUGAUCAACUACGAUAUGUUCGUGGCGGCCUUUGGCAUGCUCUCGCUAUUCUACCUGGUAGCUGUCGCCUUCAACGACUCGUUUAUGGGCCAUCCCAUCUUCCCCGUUAUUGUCGACCUUCUCAACUGCAUUUUCCUUUUCUGCGCCGCCGUCGCCAUGGCUGCCGAACUCAAGGUGCAUUCCUGCAGUAACAAUACGUAUACCCUCCACAAUCACCUCACGAACGGCGCCCACGACAGGGAAGGCCGAUGCCGAGAGGAGCAGGCAGCUACCGCCUUCCUGUGGUUCGCAUGGGCAACCUGGAUGGCUAGCUUAUUCUUCUCCAUCCUUGAUGCUCGCAGCGGAGGUGUCAACCUGAGAGGCCCUGUCCGCUCUAGAGGUGCGCGCCCAGCAAUGUCUCAGGUGUAAACAUGUGAAGCAGAAUCUUUGGGAAACGGACAAUGAAAAGAGGCUCAAUCCUGCUUCUCCGACUCUGCGUCACGUAUGCUUGGAGACAUUCCCCGCCGCUCUUGGGAAAUUGACGGCUAACGUUCUGCAAAGUCUAAAUGUUCCCACGAUACGUCUCGCGAUCCAUGCUUUGCGAUAACUCCAAUGACGAUCAAUUUGCGGCAUACCAGUCUACAGCUAAGCUGGUCUAAUCUGGAAGACAAAAAUACCCGGCGUAUUACGAUUCGCCGCUUCUGAUCCGUCCUUCACCGGCGUUGGAAAUCACCCUCUGUCACUCUCUCUAGAACAACUACAUUUGCAUGCCUGGCAGCCUGCACGCCGCAUCGACAUACAACAUACCAAUCAUGAAGAUAAGAAAAGGCCAAAAAACCAAAGACAAUGCGGGACAUGGAAUGCUUGCUAUGAAUUGAAUGUGUGCAAGAUCUGGGUAAUGCAGAUGAUCCUCACAGGUCGAACUGCUCUUAAUGUGUAUGAUACAGCACAUGGUUUAUUGGGCGCUGCAUGACUUAUCUGUGACGGGGCAAGAUACUACCUCCAGAAGUAGUUUUUAGGUAGCAGUAAUGAAAGAGAAAUGCAAAAAUCAGACCA